CAUUUUCCCCUCUUUUCAAAUUUACUUCUUCCCUCUCUCUCUCUGCGCUCAUCAAUGGCGGAGGCAAUGAGUCCAAAACCGCCAGCAGAGCCGAGGAGUACGGCGUCGACGGCGAGCCGUCCCCAAUCGCCUACCAGUCCGCUUUUCGUUUUGGGCUCCAACGACGACCAGCUCGAACGUGCACAGGCACGCGUGGCACGCGCCGCCGCUAUUCGUCGCAAGGCGGCUACAGUUUCCGCUCAUUCUUCUCUGCCGGACGAUCGUUGUCUCAGCAGAGAACAGAUUAUAAAACUCUUUCAAGAAUGUAUCAAAGUCGCCAGCGAAAAUAAAAUAACCCAGAAGAACACGUGGGAGCUUAAGCUUAUCGAUCAUCUUAGCGACAUUAUUAAGGUUGGAACAGAAAAUGGCGCGGAGACUAAUUUUCAAAAGGCAAGUUGCACACUGGAAGCCGGGUUGAAAAUCUACUCGGCGAGGGUGGAUUCAUUGCACGCUGAGGCAUAUAAGGUCCUAAGUGGGAUGAAUCGAGCUCGUCUUGAAGAUGAACAAGUAACUACGACGGAGGAUGGCCAUGUCAGCAACAAGCAGGGUAGGGAGAAAGAGUCAGAGAGGAAGAUAGAUCCAAUGUCGACAGUGGAAUCCUCCUUUGAAGCUCUUAACAUAAAGAAGUUUGAUGUCACAUUGGUGGCGGAUCCUCUAUAUCAUCAAACGUUUGCACAGUUGGAUGAAGGUGGAGCCAAGGGUCUGCUACUGAAUAACCUUGGAGCAUAUGGAGGAUGCCAGGUGCUUUCUGAUGCGUACGAAGUUCCAGGGAAGUGCAGAUCAUGUUCAUUGCAAAGUACUGCCUUGGAAUUGAUUGAUCUCUCUUUUGCCAAAGAAUCAUCGAUCAUCUCCAGAUUUAAUAUAAGCCAGAAUGCAGAUCUCAAAACGGAUCCCUUCAAUGCUGCGGACUAUUACACAUCGAACAUUGAUCAUAAUGAUAAUAUGGGUGGUGAUCAUGAGAAUAAUAGUUUCGGAGAUCCUUCAUUUCAAAGUCAUCAUGAGGAUAAUAACUCCCAUACAUCAUAUGAAGCGGAUGUGGAUGACAGAUUUGAGAAAGUUUCUAUGUUUUUGUUUCAAGGUUUGAGAUUAAAGGAAAAUUCAUGGGCUGGUCCUCAUCACUGGAAGUAUUGGAGGUCUAAGGGUUCGGAGGAAGCUCCUGCCACUCGAAGCAGACCAGCUACUAAUAUAUCAAAGAACAAAAACUAUAAGGAAGUUGAGCUUGAUUUCACAGCAUCUCUAGACAACGAAAUUCCAAAUAUCUUUGCUGUGCCAAAAAAAUUCAAGUCUUCACUCCUACCUGCAAAUCGAAUACCUGUCAGUAACAGGCUUCCAGAUGACUACCAUUAUAAACCUGAGAAUCUUGUCAAGUUGUUUCUUCUUCCCAAUGUUCUGUGCCUUGGGAAGACAAGACAACAGCAUACAGAUUAUAACUCCUGGAAACAAAGUCACAAGUUUGAUGAAGCACUGCCACCAUGGGACGAUGAGAGUGUGCUUAGUGGCCAAUAUGAUGAUGGAUGUAUUCAUAGCGAUGUAGAAGACUCGGAUACUCUUGUCUCUCCACCUCGUCAGGUAAGCAACAUUGAAGUUCGGUACGACAGAACUUCAAAACAAGUUGAUGUUCAUGCAUUGAAGGAAACUCUGUGGGGUCAUAUGCAAGAAUCUGCCAGAUUUGCUACUGCGAAGGAAUUCAAAGACACCAUAUCCUUCAAGUAUGUCCUGGCUACCUUUCCUGUCAAUUGCCGAGCUGCAGCGGCUCAGGAUAUCACGCCCCAUUUGUGUUUCAUCUGCCUUUUGCAUCUAGCUAAUGACCGCGGGCUAAGCAUAGAUGACUGCCCAACUUUAGAUGACAUGAACAUUCAUCUUCCAUCUCGUCGAAUCUCAGAUGGAGUGGACCAGCCCUCAUCGUAGGCAAAGAUGUAGUGUACAUUUUGAUAUGUGAAUAUUUGAAGCUGGCUUGCCAUCGCCAUAUGCAAGCAACCGGGGCCUUUCGAGCAGUACUGAAAGAAACGUAAGCCUAUUUCAGUCGCCUUGAUUCUCAUGUUUUGCUGCAUGCUGUUGUGUUGAUUUUGAGCACGCCCUGAACUUUCCUAAGCUAAUCCAGCUUCUGUAUAUGCUGUUCAAUGUGUCUUGUGUGAAUUUGAUAUGAAAUAUCAGCUCCUAAUUUGCUUCCUGUGCAAUAAUUUUAUUUGAUU